CUCGCGUGCCCCGGGAAGGGGCUGUUAUCUCAAAAGCAUGUUGAGCCGGCGUGCCCCGCGGGCCGAGCAGGCCGGCGGUGCCUUCCUUCCUAAGAAGAGCAUUGCCAGCAGGUCAGGGCAGGUGUGCCUGCCCCCUCUGUUCAGCCCUGGUGAGGCCGCAUUGGGAAUACUGUGACCCGUUAUGGGCUCCUCAGGACGAGAGAGACAUGGAGCUCCUGGAACAGGUCCAUCAGAGAGCCGCAAAGUUGAGCCAUGUUUACAUAAGACACCAAAGAGAUCGUUGAGUAGGAAAUCCCGAAUACCUACUUUCAGCUCUCCUAUUAAUGAUGCUGAGACACAGCAGGAAAUCUUUUGGGAUUCUCAUUCACCAAUUGCACACAAACUAGGCAGUGGAAAAACCAAGCAGUCUACCAGGACAUGCGCAGUAGAAAUCUCAGAAAUUGUCAAUCGCAUUGCUCCUCAGGAUGAAAAAGCAGCCUGUAAUGAAGACUCCCUUUUAGGAACAUGGAUUGGUGAGGAUGCUAUUCCCUGUACACCUCUAGCAGUUAAAGGGCGAGCUAGGACAAAGUUAAGCUGUACAAGAGAUCUUAAAAUAAAAAAUCCUGAAGAGGAGCUCAUGAAAUUGGCUAAGGAGUUUGAUAAAAAUCUAGUAGAGUUAGAUGCUGUUCAGGAAGAGGAGAAGCUUGGUCACAACUUGAUCCAGAUCACCUCAGAGCCUUCAAGUAAUUCUAAAGAUGAAAUAAAAACGAAGAACCAGGAAUCACUCCUUGGUGAAGGUUCUGAAACAGAUACUGUUGCGUCCCUGGAACCAGUUGGACAAAGCACUGGCAUCCCUGUGGCAGAGCCCUGUCAGUCCAGCAGUCAAAAGUCUGUAGACCUUGAGGCUGAAGUAGCCCUUCAUGCUCUUUUUGACUCCUCUACCCAGAAGUGCAGUGGACAGUUGAGCCAAGGACUGUCAGAUAUUUCUUUAAAUAAUAGUUUUCAUAAAAUUAAAAGUACCUUGGUGGAGGAGAACCUUCCUGAGAAAGCUGAAGCCACUCAGCAUGGUAAUUCAGAGUCAUAUCUAAAAGAUACUCUGUUUGCAGUAGGAAGCGUGGUCCAGACUGUACCAAAACCUGAUGCUGACACCCUGACAAAAAGAAAUCCUCCUUACCUGAAGACACAAUUGGUGGCCUCUGCUAAGCUUGCUGGAGUAGUUAAUGAUGACUUUGAUGACUGGGAUCAGGAUCUUUUGGCAGAUGACUCUUUUGUGAUGCAAAUAACCCAAAAUCCUGAAUUGAUAAGUACUGAAGAACCACCACAAAUUCCUGCAAAUCCAUUUGUGCACGAUUUCAGUGAUGCUAGCAGAGCAAAGCAAAGAAGUAGUAGCAAUUCAGUAACUCUUUUGGGGACUGUAAACAAAUCUAACAGUUUGCAAUAUUCACCUUUGAACCAUUCUAAUAAAAACUCACAAAAUGUUGUAAAAUUACUGUCUUUACAAAAGCCAUGUAAGACAGAAAACUCAAAGACGGAGACCAAGGCCUUGCAUGGCAAAUGUGAUGUUAAGACAGAUAAAAUUGAAUCUGUUUGGAAGAGUACCCAAAAUAGUGAUUUGAACCCUAUUUCUGUUUCAGUGCAAUCUGAAAUGAAGCAUGGAAAUGAAUUCACUAAGCCUAAAAGCGAUGCUCUUCCUUUUUUUCCUUCAAGAUCUAACCCUCAUAGACAACCAGCAGGAAAACCUGGGAGUAACACUCAUACUGUUUCCUGUCAGUCAUCCAGUGUUUCUACCAACAUGAAACCUAAUGAUCUAACCAAAGUGGUUAACCAAGCUAAUACAGGUCCCUCAAAUCAAGUUGAAAUACCAAAGAAAUAUCCUCUGUCAUUUGAUGACUGGAAUGAACCGAAAUUCUCUGAUGAGGUAUUAGGUAUGUUUUGUGGAUCUGAUGGUCUUUGGGAUGCAAACUGUGAGGAUGAUGAAUUGUUAUAUCAGGUGUGUGAUGAUAUAGAAAAGCAAACUCAGACCCAGGAUGUUAAACAAGGAAGUGAAAAAACUAAAACUUUUCAAGGAGCCGGCGUUAAUUCCAGAUCAAAUACUGAUAACAUCUUGCCAGCAUCUAAACAAGGACUACCUGAUCUCCUCUUGGUACAAAAAACAAGUGCAAAACAGGAGGUCCUCUCACUAAAUGAUUCCUGUAGGAAUUCAUCAAAGACAGUGCGUGGGCUGGCCACAACAGGUCAUGUAGUGAGCUGUAAGAACAUCUCAAAUCCUCAGACUCUGGUCUCGGGUCCUUCUGUGGAAUGUAAAAGCACACUGCCUAAAAACUGUCACCAAGAUGCUUCUGAAGAUACUGCAAAGACUGUUUCAGGGAAAUGGUACAGGUCAAAUUCUGUGCCAGCAAGAGAGCCAGGUUCUGAAGUAAGUCCUGUUAAUGGAGUAAAUAUUUUUAGUAGAAAAGCACUUGACAGCUCACAUUUCUUGUCUAAUGUGGGAAAGAUUCAAAGUAGCAGCUCUGGUAACAAAACUUCACUUGUGCCUUCAAAGUUUAAGUUCCGAAAGAUUAACAAUUCUCAGGGUGGUCUUUGUGUAGGGUCUGAAAAUCCAGGGAAUCAUUCUGGCAUUGGAAUUACUCUGCAGGGUUUGGAAGGAAGCAAGAAUCAGGUGAAUGUGACUUUGCACAGCAAGCUCGACAAUAAGAAAUCACCUUUCAAGAGGCACCUUUCAGAGUCUUUUGCACAGGCAACAUCAGCGUCUGUGGUGGAACAAAAAAAUAGAAAAUGUUCUCAAGAGGAGAUUGAAAGAAAAAAACAAGAAGCUCUUGCACGAAGAAAAUCCAGAACACAGGCAUUCUUUAAAGAUGCUUGAAUUUGGAGUGUGUUUUUUCUGUGGAGUAAGCUCGUUGGGAGGGAAAUACUGUAAUGCUAGAAGACACUUUUUAAACUCUAUUCACAGCUACUGAUGGCAAGCUUUUUCUGUCUUCCAAUAUAAAAACAUCUGGACCUGAACCAUGACUAAUACUCUGGAGGUGCUUAGUUUUAAUUAAAAACAAUCAGUUAUAAAUGUGUAGUCCCAAACUACAUUCAGCUAGAUGGAGAUUCUGUUGAGUUGAAAUGAUGAAAAUCAUGAAAGUGUCGGUAUAUAUGCGUAAUGAAGGUGUCAGAAACAGACUAAGAAGACUCUCAAGUACACACAGACUAAGAAAUACUAAUGCUUGCUCUCAGGUAGAAAAAAGUUUUAAAAUUUUGGGUUAAAUAAAGUACAAUCUAGGAAACAUCCAGCAUCAGAAAACUAAUGGAAAUGAACAGACUCUGGAAAGGGUGCUCAGUUUGUUACCUGAGGUAAGAGUGAAGGAAGGAAGAAUUUAAUGUAAAGAGUUUCAUUAUGUGAAAAAGUGUCCUGCAGAGGACGUGUUAAAUUCUUUUAAAUUCCUUUCAGGAAGAACUGGAAAUACCCUGAGGAAAUUGGGCCACCUUUUUCUAAAUGCGCAUCACCAAGCUAAUUAGAAAAGGUAGACUAAUGCCAUUUUAGCAAACCAUGAGCAAUAUGUAAUACACCAGGUGAAAUCUCAACAGUUAUGCAUCAGUUUAGCCUGAUGGGUUGUACAUAUUUCCAAGCUAAAGGCUGUUAAAUUAUAAAAAUGCUGUGUCACAUCAGCUUUAACAGGCUGAGAGAAUUUUUAUCUGAUAGAUGGGUGCAGAGCUCAGACUGCAAAAAACUGCCUCUGGGAAAGCUGCAAGAUAUUUUUCAGCUGAGAAAUGCUUACAUGUAAACAUGUGACACUGUGAAAAGUUACUGUAAUUUUUCUUUGUAAAUAAAUAACUUGGAAGUGUUCUUCCAAAGGUUGGAGGAAGCUUUUGAUUUCUGUUGUAUGCUGUUUUUGUAACUCUUGAAAAUGUAAGUAUUGUAUAUUUGUAAGUCAUCAUUAAACUUUUUUUCAGA